AUGCCCAACUUUACAAUUGAUCAAAUUAGGGAGAUUAUGUAUAUCCCUAAUCAAAUUAGAAACAUGUCAGUUAUUGCCCACGUCGACCAUGGAAAGUCAACCCUUACUGACUCAUUGAUUGCCAAAGCCGGAAUUAUUUCCGAAGCUAAGGCUGGAGAAGCCAGAUUCACCGAUACCAGAGCUGAUGAGCAAGAGAGAGGUAUCACUAUUAAAUCAACUGGUGUCUCCCUUUACUACGAAUCAGAUAUCAAUGGUGAUAAGAGACCAUAUCUCAUCAACUUGAUCGAUUCCCCAGGCCACGUCGAUUUCUCAUCUGAGGUCACUGCUGCUUUGAGAGUCACUGAUGGUGCCCUCGUCGUCGUAGAUUACGUCGAAGGUGUCUGUGUGCAAACCGAAACUGUGCUUAGACAAGCUCUUGGAGAGAAGAUCAAGCCCGUUCUCUUCGUUAACAAGAUUGAUAGAGGUAUCCUCGAACUCCAAGUCGAAGGUGAGACCAUGUAUCAAAACUUCCAAAGAGUUAUUGAAAACGCCAAUGUUAUUAUCUCAACCUACGAGGCUGAUGAUAUGGGAGAGGGUCAACAAGUUGAUCCAUGCAAGGGUACCGUCGCCUUCGGUUCCGCUCUCUUCGGAUGGGCCUUCACUCUUACCAGAUUCGCCAGAAUCUAUGCUGAUAAGUUCAAGGUCGAUUUCGAGAAGAUGAUGUAAAAACUUUGGGGUGACAACUUCUAUGAUGCCAAGGGAAAGAAAUGGAAGACUGAGGAAGUCGGUGAUGAUGGUGGAAACCUCAAGAGAUGUUUCGUUCAAUUCAUCAUGGAGCCAAUCGUCAGACUCUGCAGAAACAUCAUGGACAACAACAAAGAAGCCGUCUGGAAAAUGCUUACCCAUCUUGAGAUCAACCUCAAGCCAGAAGAUAGAGAGAAGCAAGGAAAGGAUCUCUUCAAGGCUGUUUUCCAAAAGUGGAUCAACGCUGCUGAUGCUCUUCUUGAGAUGAUCGUCAUGAAACUCCCAUCCCCACUUGUCGCUCAAAGAUACAGAGCUGCUUACCUUUAUGAGGGUCCAAUCGAUGAUCCAUGUGGUCAAGCCAUCAAGAACUGCGACCAAAAAGGUCCACUUAUGGUCUUCAUCUCAAAGAUGGUCCCCACUAACGAUAAGGGUAGAUUCUACGCCUUCGGUAGAGUUUUCUCAGGUAUCGUCCAAACUGGACAAAAGGUCAGAAUCAUGGGACCCAACUAUACCCCAGGAUCCAAAAACGAUCUUAACGUUAAGAACAUUCAAAGAACCGUCCUCAUGAUGGGAGGUAAGGUCGAAGCUGUUCCAGAUGUUCCAUGCGGUAACACCGUUGGUCUCGUCGGAGUCGAUCAAUAUCUCAUGAAGCAAGGUACCAUUUCUGAUCACGAAGAUGCCCACAACAUCAGAGUUAUGAAGUACUCAGUCUCACCAGUCGUCAGAGUCGCCGUUGAGCCAAAGCACGCUUCAGAUCUUCCAAAGCUCGUUGAAGGUCUCAAGAAACUCUCUAAGUCAGAUCCAUUAGUCCUCUGCUACACUGAAGAAUCAGGAGAGCACAUUAUUGCUGGUUGCGGAGAGCUCCACGUUGAAAUCUGUCUUAAGGAUCUCGUUGAAGAGUAUGCUAAGUGCGAAAUCAAGAAAUCAGACCCAGUCGUUACCUACAAGGAGACUGUCCAAGCCACUUCAUCUCAAAUUUGUCUUUCAAAGUCACCAAACAAGCACAACAGACUUUACGUUGUUGCCUGCCCACUUGGUGAUGAACUCACUGAUGGUAUUGAAUCUGAUGAUAUCACUUCAAAGCAAGAUCAAAAGGAAAGAAACAGAAAGCUCGCUGACAAGUACGGUUGGGAUAUCAAUGAUGCCAAGAAGAUCUGGUGCUUCGGCCCAGAGACUUCAGGUCCAAACCUUCUCGUUGAUUAAACCAAGGCCGUCCAAUAUCUUAACGAAAUUAAGGAUUCUUGCGAAGCUGCCUUCCAAUGGGCCACUAAAGAGGCUGUCAUGACUGAGGAGAACAUGAGAGGUAUUAGAUUCAACAUUAUGGACGUUGCCCUCCACGCCGACGCUAUCCACAGAGGUGGUGGUCAAAUCAUCCCAACUGCCAGAAGAGUCUACUACGCUGCUCAACUCACUGCUGAGCCAAGAUUCGUUGAGCCAAUCUUCUUGUGCGAAAUCUAAGCCCCAGAUGAUGCUAUGGGAGGUAUCUAUCAAACUCUUACCCAAAGAAGAGGUAUCGUUAUUGGUGAAGAGCCAGUUAGCGGAACCCCACUCAUCAUCGUCAAGGCUUACUUGCCAGUCGCUGAGUCAUUCGGUUUCACUCAACACUUGAGAUCUAUGACUUCAGGAAGAGCCUUCCCACAAUGUGUCUUCGACCAUUGGGAAACUAUUGCCACUGACCCAACUGAGCCAACUUCAAAGUCAGGCGUUUUGGUUGAAACUAUCAGAAAGAGGAAGGGACUUAAACCAGGUAUUCCAGGCCUCGACAACUUCCUCGACAAGCUAUGA